CGUCUUCGUGCGUUAACCAGUGGUAUAUGGCGCGGAUGGCGGGAGAGUGAAGAAAGAAAACACGACAAUUAAACAUGGGAAAACGUUGUCAAUCCACAUGUUAGAACAAUGUACAGAGGUCACUACAUAUGACAAGAAGAUGGAUCCUCGACUAACAUCUCUGAUGGCACAGUACAAUGGCCUGCAGGCUCCUAUCCCUUAUGUGCAGCCAAACCCUACUGCUAUGACACCUGGUGCAUACAGUGGUAUGGGCUUGUCUCCUGGCCUUGCUACGACAGGCCCCUAUAGUGUCAGCCAGGACCUCCAGCUACUGAGAGCUAUGGGACAGGAGAAUGUGAUCUUCAACAGGACAGAGGGGCCUGAUGAAAUGACUGCAGAGAUUGGAAAGAUGGCACAGGAAGGGGUGGAAGAAAUGAAAAGUGAUGAGGUGUUCUCUACUUACAAACACAACCCAAUACUCCCGGACAGUCAGGAACACCCAGGAGAUAUAGUAGAGGCUGGCUCUCUGGCUGUAAGAAGACAGGUAGAUAUCAUGGGAGAUGUGACAGGUGUGGGUAAAGGAAGACAGGUAGAUAUCAUAGGAGAUGGGACAGGUGUGGGUAAAGGAAGACAGGUAGAUAUCAUGGGAGAUGUGACAGGUGUGGGUAAAGGAAGACAGGUAGAUAUCAUAGGAGAUGGGACAGGUGUGGGUAAAGGAAGACAGGUAGAUAUCAUGGGAGAUGUAACAGGUGUGGGUAAAGGAAGACAGGUAGAUAUCAAGGGAGAUGGGACAGGUGUGGGUAAAGGAAGACAGAUAGCUGGGAUUCUCCUGGACAACUUUGCUCGUGGUCGAAACAAACACAUCUGGUUCAGUAUCUCUACUGAUCUGAUUGUUGAUGCUAGAAGGGAUCUGACUGACAUAGGCUGCCACGUGAAGGUCAUUGAAGGCUGUCAGCAACUGGACAGAGAAACAAGAGUUCUUGGUCUGCCAGCAGGGUUUAAAGAAGGAGUCAUCUUCAGUACUUACGCAACACUGGUGUCAUCUGUGCAGAAAGGUGGCAGUUCAAAGCAAUCCAGGCUUAAACAGCUGGUGGAUUGGUGUGGGGGAGAGGACUUUGAUGGAUGCCUCAUAUUUGAUGAAUGCCACAAAGCAAAAAAUUUUGUCCCUGGCAAAGAGCAAGCCAGCACCAAGGUGGCCAUGGCAGUUGUCACAGUGCAGAGGUUAUUGCCAAAAGCUCGUGUAGUGUAUUGUAGUGCCACGGGUGUCACUGAUGUUAAGAACAUGGCAUUUAUGGAGAGGCUUGGACUGUGGGGAGAUGGAAUGCCUUUCAAGUCAUUUGAACACUUUAUGGAGUCUGUGCACAGAAAAGGGUUGGAAAAGGGCUGGGCUAAAGGGAGCUCAGAUGACUGGAGUGUGACUGCCAAAACCAUGUUGAUGGAUUUUUCUAAAAAAAUCAAGCUUCCAGACAGCCCUCUUGAUGAGAUCAUUGAUCAACUGGGAGGUCCCGACAGUGUGGCAGAGAUGACAGGAAGAAGAGGAAGAGUGGUUCGUAGAUGUCACACACUGACCCCAUCUUAUGAGCUACGAGACUCUGACUCUAAUGGCGGAAUGGACAGUCUAAAUGUUAGAGAGAGAAAUGCAUUCAUGGAAGGAAGGAAAUUAGUGGCCAUUAUUUCAGAUGCUGCUAGCACAGGAAUUUCACUUCAUGCUGACCUGAGAGCAGCCAAUCAGCGCCGCAGAAUCCAUUUAACUGUGGAGCUUCCAUGGAGCGCAGACAAGGCGGUGCAGCAGUUAGGGAGGUCACACAGGUCAAAUCAAAGUAGUGGACCUCUCUAUAAACUACUUACAACAAAUCUGGGUGGGGAGCGACGCUUUGCUGCAGCUGUAGCCAGGAGGUUACAGUCAUUAGGUGCUCUAACCAAGGGAGACAGGCGGGCUGCCACUGGGGCUGACCUGACAGAGUUUAACUUUGACACACCCUAUGGGAGAGGAGCGCUACGUGCAAUGUACCAUGCAAUAUCUACAAGACAACUAGUCCAAGGGGUUUCCCUGUCAAAAGUAACCCAGGAAAAUUUUGACUUUGCUCAAUUUAAUGCAAUAAUGCAAGAGAGUCUCGUUCUCAUGGGAAUGGUGGAUGCAGAUGCCAUUCGAGCAGGAAUUCCAGUAAAAGAGAAAGAGACUGGUGAUGUUGGAAGAUUUCUGAAUAGAAUUCUAGGACUGGCUGUCCAGAAACAGAACCUGGCUUUCAAUUAUUUCACAGAAAGUCUGGAGACGGCCAUCAAUAGUGCAAAGAAGGAAGGCAGGUACAAUGAGGGGCUGCUUGACAUCACAGCGGCCUCCGUGCAGAUAGUCGGGGAACCCCGGCAGGUUUUUAAGGAAGUGAACACAGGAACUUGUACAACAAAACAUCUUGUACUGAGUGUUGACAGAGGGAUGAGCUGGGAACGAGCCAAAACCAGAGCUGAACACCAUUCUGGUCCACACGACGGCUUCUACGCCUCAAAGAGAGAGACCAGAGGAAAGAAAUUGUAUAUUUUAGCCACACAGAAAGAUACAUCAACUCAUCUCUUCAAAGUUGCCAGACCCAAUACUGGUGUGUCAUAUUUUGAUGAAGAGAAAGCUGAACUUUUUGCCAAAUAUGUCCCCAUUAGCAAGGAAACUGCAGAGAAGCACUGGAAGGAACAGUAUGCCCAUGCUGAGUCACGGUGUAUACAUGGACCUCAUUGCAAGAAUGGACCAACUUGUUCAGUGGGCAGCAGGUGCUAUAAACUUCACCUGUUGUGUGGUGGGAUUGUCACACUGAUGUCACACCUGGAGACAGUGUUGACAAGAAAUGCUGCUUCUUUUCACCUUAGUAAGGUGGAGUCCUCAAUACGUGUUGUGAGAGUGGAGUUGGAUGAUGGGGAACGUGUUGUUGGUAUUCGUUACCCAGAACUCCUCAUUCCAAUGGCGGAGAGAAUGAUGCAGGAGCAGAAAUUGGUGGAGACCUUGUCCCAGUCUCAGCUUUCUGUCGCCAGUGGUCAGGUGAUGAGAAUUUCAAAUACAACUCAUCCAACAAUCAAUCACUCCACUGUAGAACCAGAGACGCCUGUAAACCAGAAAUCCUUAGCAAGAGCCUUGAAACCACCUGUGACAAUCAAAAAUUUCUUCCAAUCAGUAUUGAAAACUGAAAGCAAAGCUGAGAGUGGAUUAGUUGGAGAAGCAGAAGGGAAGGAGUCAUCAUUUUCAGCUUUGUCUGCUGAAGCUGAUGGUGGCUCAGCAGUAAAUGAAAGUAGUGAAGCUGCAAACUCCAACAAGUUUACUUCAAAUAUCCCCCUUUCCUUUUCUUCAGAUAGAGGGUCAUCAUUUUCUCAAAAUAGAAAAAGAAUUAGCUUGUCAAAUCUCCCCAAUGCAAAGGCUCCAAAAAGACAGAAGCAGAGCAACAUCAUGGCUUCUUUUGCAGCUGUAACCAAGAAAGAGGAGAACAAGACAUUCAAAGCUGCAAGGUGCCCUAUAUGUGGGAAAGAAUUUGAGAAGGGACUUUCAAAUCAAGCACUGAAUGAUCACAUAGACAACUGUAUCAUUGAGUGAUUUUUAAAGCAAUGUGAAGGUGCUACAGUAACUAUUAUUUUAAAAAAUAUACGAUGAUGUUUUUUAAAAUAAUACACAACAUGCAUUUCAUAUAUUUAAUCUUCAUUGGAUGCAUCCAGUUUGAAGAAGAACUUCAUUUUAUAAAUCUUGUGUUUUCAAACAAAUAAAAUUAUUAUUCUGA